UUGUUUUUCAUUCAGUUCAGGGUUUUCAAUCCGACCUUGGACCUUUGGCGACGAGGAAGUGAAGAUUUUUGGGGGAAGCAGUACCUUGUCAAGUUGGAUUUACAUUGAGUAACAACAACACAAUGGAAGAUUCAGAGAAACGAAAACAGAUGUUAAAAGCAAUGCGAAUGGAAGCUGCUGCACAGAACGAAGAUGAUUCUAUAGGUCUUGAAGCCUCUGUGAACACAGGUCACUUAUCUAAUCCCUUGGCUGAGACAUCUACUCACCAGCAGGAGUCUUUUGAAAAGCCAAGGUUUGAUUAUUACACAGACCCCAUGUCUGCUUAUUCUAGUUUCAAGAGAAACAAGACCCCUAAACAACAAUACAUCUCCUCUCCUCAUCAUCACCAAACCACCUCCCCAGUGCCGCCGCAGUUUCCACCGUCUGUUCCAGGAUCGUUGAGCAGUGAGUAUCUGGGACAUACCAAUCAUGGCGGUUUUCAAGCAGCUCAUUAUGAUGGUAAUAAUCUGCAUACCGGACCAAGAGGGAUGGCGCAUCUUUCACCCUCACACAGAGGUUCACCCGCCGCUUGGAAUAAUAACUUUAGGCCUCCACCAGUUAACCAUUUAGGUCCACCUCAAUGGGUACCUCGUCCUUUACCAUUCUCUCCAGAAUAUCCUGACAUGGGGAAUAAUAGAUUCGGUGGUCGAGGCAACUACAACAAUACUGCUCCACAAUAUUCCCAUUACGGACGGCAGAACUCUAACUGGGCUGGAAACAUAUAUCCUAACUCAGGAAGAGGUAGAAGCCGAGGACGCGGUAUGAACACAAGCUUUGGGAGAGAUGGAGGAAGAAGACCGAUGGAACUAGGGGCAGAACGAUUUUACUCCAACUCCAUGGCUGAAGAUCCAUGGAAGUAUCUUAAGCCAGUCUUAUGGAAGAGUUGCUCAGAUUCUUCUAGUAGCAACUCAACAACAAGUCAAGCCUGGCUUCCCAAUUCUAUUGCACCAAAAAAAUCUGUGACCUCAGAAGCUUCCCACAAGGCUAGCAAUAAUCAACAGAGUCUUGCUGAGUACCUCGCUGCUUCUCUAGAUGAGGCUACAUGCGAUUAGUCAAGCAAUUGAUCAGGACAAUAGGCCUAGUGAAAUACACCAAGUACAAGCAUCUGGAGUCGAUCAGGAUACCCGGAAAGAUCAUCGACGACUCUUUCGAGCUAGGUAUUGUUCAAUGACUAGUGUUCAUUUUCUUAACGAGACACAACAGCGAAUGAUGAUCAUCUUGGGGAGUAGAAUGGUUGGCAUAGGUGUGUUCUACGCUAAAAUAUUUUGUUUUUUUUGUUUUUGUUUUUGCUCAAGAUUUAGUAAUGCUACAAUAUUGUAAAAUCAUUAUCAGGAAAAUUUGUUGCGUGAAUGCGUUUGAAGUGUCCCA